CUCACAACUAAACUACCAACCUACCAUGGCAAACAUCACCUCAGAACUCCUCGCAACCCUCAUCUUCUCCCUCUUGCUAAUCACCACCACUGUCAAAUCAGACUCUCUUUCUUUCAGCUUCCCCACCUUCGACCCUGAUGUUAGAGUCAUCCUCCUCAACGGCGAUGCCAACACCACAAACGGAACACUCCAGCUGACAAAAAUCGACCAAUACGGCAACCCAUCUCCACACAGCUCCGGCAUAUCUGCAUUCUACGGAGCAGUUCAUCUCUCCGACAAAAAAACAGGGAGAGUCGCAGACUUCAGAACCGAGUUCACGUUUGUCGUGAACCACUCACAACCCCAUGGCGAUGGAUUCACCUUCUUUCUAGCCUCACUUGAUUUUGAGUUCCCGGAGGGUGGUGGUGGUGGUGGAUUCUUAGGACUUUUCGAUGAAGAAACAGCAUAUAACACCUCCAAGAAUUCCAUUGUGGCGGUUGAGUUUGACAGCUUUUCGAACUCGUUUGAUCCGAACUUCCCUCACAUUGGAAUUGACAUCAACACGAUUAGGUCCGCGGUGACUAUUCCGUGGUCAGUGAAUGAUCAGCCACAAGGAGCAAUUCAAAAUGCAAAAAUCAGCUAUAGUAGUGUCUCCAGAGAUCUGACUGUGGUUGUACAUUAUCCCCCUGGUCAAAAUACAACAAAUAUCGAUGCUAUUAAGUAUCCAAUUGAUAUUGAGAGCUAUCUGUCGGAAUGGGUCGUGAUUGGUUUCUCUGCUACCACCGGUGAAUUUGCUGAGACACAUUCUAUACUUUCCUGGUCUUUCAACUCGACCCUCUAGAACUGCAGGCACAGUUGGCCUUGUUGGGAGAGGAAAAUAAAUUAAGAGCAUGUUGUGAGAAUGAAACUCCUUAUGUUGACACACUACUUUUAUGGUAGUCUUUGAACCGAGAAAGUGAAAAGUUAACUACUUUUUACUUUUCAUUUUAGGGUAGUUAGAGCAACUCGAACACUGGUUUCUUAACCCAGCUGGAGUUGCUAAGAAACGUUUCUUAUUUGGUGGCUGCAUUGGAGUUUGCCUACUUGACAGUUUUGGUUUUUUAGCAACACUGCAGAGUUCCUUC